CAUUAUAUUUUCUCACCGCCCAUUUAUACGUGUCUAUAUAUACUGAGUAGAAAAAAACUUUGAAUGCCUAUUUUCAAUCAAUUAAAAUUCUUAGUACUACAAUUUUUUUUUUAAAAUUGUGUUUCCCAUUCAGCAACAGUAGUACUACUCAAGAUUCAAGAAAACAACAAGCAUUUCUUUAAUUUCUUUUUCAAUGGAGGGGCUUUGUGUGAAGCUUUUUGAAGCAUCAAGAAAGUACAAAAUGAAGAGAGGUAAAGAAGAAGGAAUAAGAAUAAGGGUAGAUAGUUUUGAGGCUAGUCAUGAAGGGAUUAAAACUGUUGAUGUCCAAAAACAUUGUGAGUUCUCUGGAAGUUCUGAUCUUUGCAUCUAUUUUGUCACUUGGAAUAUGAAUGGACAGGUUCCUUGUGAGGAUAUAGCAAAAUUAGUUGGUGAAGAAAGGAAAUAUGAUUUAUUGGUGAUGGGUUUGCAAGAAGCACCUCGAAACAACAUUUGCAAGUUGUUGAAGAACACACUGGCUGAUACUCAUAUGCUAUUAGGAAAAUCAGUAAUGCAAUCUGUACAACUCUAUGUGUUUGGCCCCAACAAUUCAGAGCAAUUUACAAGAGAAAUAAAGGUGGAUAAGCAUGAAGUUGGAGGAUUAGGAUGGUUAAUCAGAAGAAAAAAAGGAGCAGUGGCUAUUAAAAUUAGCUACAAAGCCAUACAAAUGGUUUUUAUUUCUUGCCACCUUUCUGCUCACGCUCGUAAUGUAGAAGAGAGGAAUUUUCAGUUUAAACAUAUAACAAAUUCACUCUUCUCAAAAAAUAAAAAUCCAUAUGCUAAACCAGCACGACUUACUGUAUGGUUAGGAGAUCUAAACUAUAGACUCCAAGGCAUUAAUUCCUAUCCUGCUAGAGAUCUCAUACAUGGAAAUCUCCACCAAAUGUUGACUAGUAAAGAUCAACUUUUACAAGAAGCAGAAAGAGGAGAGAUUUUUAAUGGUUAUUGUGAAGGUGCAUUAGAUUUCAAACCAACUUACAAAUAUGAUAUUGGAAGCAGCACUUAUGAUACCAGUCAUAAGGUUAGAGUACCAUCAUGGACAGACAGAAUAUUAUUCAAGAUUGACAGCAACACUCUUAAUGCAAGUUUACAUUCUUAUGAAGCCAUUGAAAGCAUACGAAGCUCUGAUCAUAAGCCUGUCAAAGCUCAUCUUUGCUUAAAAUUAAACAAAGAUUAAUCAUCCUCAUAAAUAAACAAUCAAGGCAAUAAUUUUGUUCAAAAGUUAUCAUACUGAUUAAUGUUUUAUUAAUCAAGUAUAAUAAUUAAUUAACCAAGUGUCAAUAUUCUUUUAUUGUUGUUUCUUUAUGGGUUUAGCUUACUUUUUCUUUCUCAAAUUUACGUGAUCAAAUGUAAGUUGCCCCAAGUUACUAUUAGAAUCAUUAUGAUUUAUCAAUGUACUUCUAAUCUUUGUUACUGCAAUAUUGUGUAGUGUAAAAAAUUUCUUACACUAUUACUGAAUUUUUAUGUGUGAUUCCAUGUUA